GUAGCUCAGUUGCGGUUUCGUGUUUCAUUUUCCACUCACCAAUAUCGCUUUGAGAAAAAUGAAACAUUUUCUGGGAAAAAAGGAAGAAAUUAAUUUUGUUUUGGAGAAAAAAAACAUUUUCUUGAUAGAACAAUGUCUAUAUAUUAUUGGUAGUGAAAACACACACCUUUUGGGCAAAAAAUAAAAAAAGAAAGAAAAACAUGCACAUUAACAUAACUGAUAGAGGUAUAAUCUAUGGGGAUGAACGCCCUACUUAACGACGUCAAGUCAUGAAUGGGCAUCAUGGAGAUCAACAGUUUAUAAACAUAACGGCUAUUAUAUAAACCUUUCUGAAUUUUGAAAAUUCAAAAUUGAAAGUGAGAAAAAGAAUAGAAAAAAGUAUCAGAAACCAAACCCAUUCUAAAAGGUGUGAGCGCAUUUCGUCGAUCCUGAAUCUUCAGUAGCCAAAAUUCUUCUCCAGAGAAAAGAUUCGAGCAGUUGACUAUCCUUCUUUGUACUUUUAUCGUUUUAUUCGAGGUGGGUAUUUGGUUAUUGCCUCAAAGAUGAAUGAUCUAAUGACCAAGUCAUUCCUCAGUUACGUGGACCUCAAGAAACAGGCCAUGAAAGACCUUGAAUCGGAACCCGACCUCGAAAUGGGCAAACUUGGCCCUGCUGAUGAACAGAACCUUACCCAAUUUUUCGAACAAGUGACCGCAAUCAAGGCUGAUAUGGAAGAGAUUACAAACCUUCUUCUUGAUCUUCAGGACCUGAAUGAAGAAACCAAGUCUACUCACAGUGCUAAAGUUCUUAGAGGGUUAAGAGAUAGAAUUAAUGCUGACAUGGUAGCUAUUCUGAGGAAAGCAAAAGGCAUCAAAGCAAGAUUGGAGUCGCUUGACCGCUCGAAUGUGGCUAAUCGAAAUGUAUCAGUGGAGUACAAGGAAGGUAGCCCUGUUGAUCGAAUGAGGAUUUCGGUGACUAAUGGUUUGAGAGCUAAGCUGAGAGAUAUGACGAAUGAUUUUCAGUCCUUGAGAGAACAGAUUGUUAAAGAGCACAAAGAAGGUCUCAAGAGGAGGUAUUAUAAUGCCACUGGGGAGGAAGCAAGUGAGGAAGUGAUUGAUAAGAUGAUUUUGGAAAGUGGGCAGAUCAAAGUUUUUGAGGGGAAGGCUGAGCUGGCAAUGGAGAAUCAGCAGAGGCAUGAGGCCUUGAAGGACUUGCAGAGAAGCUUGACAGAACUCCAUCAAGUUUUCCUGGACAUGGCAAUGAUGGUUGAAAAGCAAGGGGAACAAAUGGAUGAUAUUGAACAGAAUGUGGCUGAUGCUGGAGCUUACAUUCAUGGUGGAACCAAUGCUCUUUUUUCUGCUAAGCAGAUGAAGCAGAGAAGAAGAAGAUGGGUUUGUUGGAUUGGGGCUUUGGUGUUGCUUGUGUUGCUGGUAUGCCUGAUUUCUAUCUUAGCUUCUUGAAAUCGUAGAGAUCAAAGUUCAUCCUGGAUGUGGCUGUUAUUGUUGUGCUGUAGUGGAGUUUUGGUCUGUGAAUAAUAUACUGGAGUUGACUAUACUGGCUGGCGGAUUCAGUGGUUUCUUUUAUUGCAUUUGUCAUUUAGAAUGCACGGUUUGAUGACUUUCUUGUUUUAGGCAUAGCAAUAUGUUUGAUGUAUCUCCUCAUCUUUCCACAUAUUUUUCUUCCUGUAAUUUGGAUUUUUUUGGAACAGAGAUUCUCUUCUUGAAUGUUUUGAAGCUUGAUAUGCAUGAUUUUGGCCCUACUUGU